AUGGCGAGUGUAAUCCAAGCACUUAUCGGAUACUAUGGGCUCUCGUGCCCAGUUGGUGGAAGUGCCUACAUCUGCCCCGACUUCACAACCGAGUUUGUCGGUUGCUGCACCGUCAAUCCAUGCACCAAAGAACGAGAUGGUGUCUGCCCGGACGACAAACUCCGAACUGCUACCUUCUCAUCCACGAGAUAUCAGGAGAUUGAGGCGCAAGCCUGCAGUGUCGUACCUGAAGAAGCAAAAUGGUAUACUUGCACUGGACCCAAACCUCCGUUCUUGGGCUGUUGCGCGUCAAAUCCAUGUCCAACUGAGACGGGCUGCCCAGCCGACGACUUGAGACCCGCGGUGCUGAACAACUUCGCCGAACAUCCAGGCCCAUGGAACCGUCAUCAGUUCCUAAACCCCACCGGGUCCGGCAUUAGUUACGACAACAGUAAAGCCGAGACCAACAGUACCAGCACCAGCACCAGCACGAGCGAGCCCACUGGCAGCAGCACAAACCGGCCUGUCAGCAACACAGAUAGCCCAAACGGAAGCGGAGGACUAUCCACUGGCGCUAUUGCCGGCAUCGCUGUAGGCGCUGUUCUUGCAGGCCUGGUCAUCCUUGCCGCAAUUAUGUGGAAAUGCGGAUGGUUCCCAAGGAAGAAGAAGGUGGAGGAAAACAAGCAGGAGGCGGAUGUGCCCGGAGCAGCCAUGUCUCACGCGGGCCCCAUGUCUCCUAUGGCUCAACAAGCAUACCCACAUCAAGGGCCUCAAGGUUACGGAUAUGCUGAUGAGAGCGGACGAUCGGUCAUGAGCAGCCCAAGCACAGGCUACAUCCGAGACUCCUAUGUGAGUGGCGUCACUGCUCCCGGCAGCCAGUAUGGCGCUCUUUCUCCCGCCCUUUCCAAGGCAGGUCUCCAUAGCCAGCAUGCGUCUCCGGAACUCAAACAACAAGGCUUCGAUCAAAAGUAUGGCUACAACGGCUACAACGGCUACCCGAACAACGGCUUGGGACUAGAUACAGUUUCCGAGUUGCCUGUUACAAAUCACCAUCACGGCGCGCAGGAACUGCCUGCGGGGAACUAUCCCGGCUUUGAGAUGGACGCCGGCGCCGUUCAGCCCCCACAGGCCCAACCCCAACAACAACAACCGCAUGUCAGUCCUCAGGAAGGUGAUCGGCUAGACGUCACCCAGGAACAAGCUACUCAGCAUGGCGAAGAGAGGAGGAACUGA